ACUAAAAUGUAAAAUAAUUAUUUAAUUUUCUUGUAAACAUUCGACAUUGACAGAAAUCAGCCAACUCUAGUACUACAAUUUCAUUCCUACGCAAAUUGGGAAACUUAAUUUAAUUUAUUGUGAUUUCACGAAUUUCAAUUUCUCUAAUAUUCUUCUAUCUAAGGCUAAGUGCAAUAUUGCAGUUGAAACAACAAUAAAAUCUAUAAAAACAUUGUAGAUCAUCGAUUGAUGCUUUCAAAGUUGAGGAAACAAUAAAACAACGUAAUUUUUUACAGUGUAAACUUUUUGUAUAUGUACGAGGAUUUUCUCUCGGAGAAUUGUGCAAUUUAUUUGAAUUGGUGAUGGUUUAUUGGAGUGCAAAAGCAUAUUAAAGUGAUAAUUAAUCAGUAUAAAAUGCCAUUAGCUAGACAAGAUUUAAAUUUAUGGCCAACACAAAAAGAACUCGCGAGCACCUCACAAAGUGGCGGUGGCUUAGAGAUGGUCGUUGAUGAUGGUUCAGUCAUCGGGAGCAAUUAUCCACCAAGCAUCAUCAACAAUAAUAACAACAACAAUAAUACGAUGGAAAAGUUGCAGAUGAACGAUGAUUCAGAUGACGUCGAAAUGAAAUCGGACGAUUUAAUAUUUGAAGUGAAAGAUGUUGUAAAAGAUGGACAUGACAAAGCUGAUCCGUCACAAUUCGAGCUCUUAAAAGUGCUCGGUGAGGGAUCAGAUUUAAAACCUGAAAACAUUCUCCUGGAUCAGGAGGGACACAUCGCAUUAACAGAUUUUGGACUAUCAAAGCAACCACUUGGUGAUGCUAAAACUUAUUCAUUUUGUGGAACUGUUGAAUACAUGGCACCGGAAGUUGUGAAUAGAAAAGGCCACACUUAUGCAGCUGACUGGUGGAGUUUUGGUGUUCUUAUGUAUGAAAUGCUAACCGGAAAUCUUCCAUUUCACGGAACAAAUCGUCAAGAUACAAUGAAUCAAAUUCUCAAGACGAAACUUGGAAUGCCUGAGAAUCUUUCACCGGAAGCUCAGUCACUUCUUCGUGCCCUCUUCAAACGCAACCCUCAAAAUCGUCUCGGCGCGAGUACGAAUGGAAUUGAAGACAUAAAACGUCAUGAAUUCUUUGCCACAAUUGAUUGGGAUGCUUUGAUGGAGAAAAAAGUACGACCACCAUUCAUUCCAGCUGUUUCAUGUGCAGACGAUACAUUCUAUUUUGAUUCCGAUUAUACAAAUCGAGAUCCUCAUGAUUCACCAAGCAUUCCUGUGUCAGCAAGUGGACAUGAAAUAUUCAGAGGAUUCUCGUUUGUUGCGCCUUGUUUACUCGAUGAACAAGCAGUCGGUGGCGGUGUCAGUAACAUCAACAAUAAUGAUCGACAGUCACCAUUCCAUUCUUAUGACAUUCCUGGAGUUCAACCCCAUUCAAUACAUGAAGAAUAUCAAUUAAAAGAAGUCCUUGGAAGGGGAACAUUUUCUGUUUGUAAAUUGUGUGAACAUAAAACUACGAAGAAACAAUAUGCAGUGAAGAUUAUUGACAAGUCAAGGCAUGAUUGUCGUGAAGAAGUUGACAUUCUUCUACGAUAUGGAAAUCAUCCAAACAUUGUGACACUUUAUCGUGUGUUUGAAGAUGUUGGAUCAGCAUCGGUUUACUUAGUUAUGGAGUUUUUGAAAGGUGGCGAAUUAUUGGAUCGAAUUCUUUCAAUUCAAUUUACAGAACAAGAAUCGGCAGCUGUUUUAAAGACUGUUGUAUCAGCAGUUUCUUAUCUUCAUGAUCAUGGCGUGGUCCAUAGAGAUUUGAAGCCAUCGAAUCUUCUUUAUGCUUCCAUUAAUCAUACGCCGGAAUCAUUGAAGCUUUGUGAUUUGGGUUUUGCGAAGCAACUUCGUGCUGACAAUGGGUUAUUGAUGACUCCUUGUUACACUGCAAACUUUGUCGCUCCGGAAGUUCUCAAACGUCAAGGAUAUGAUCUUGCAUGUGACAUUUGGAGUCUUGGCGUGUUGCUUUAUAUCACUUUGAGUGGACGGACGCCGUUUGCAAGCACACCGAAUGAUGAACCGGAAACAAUCUUAAAACGAAUCGGAUCGGGUCAUAUUGAUCUUAAUAAUGGACGUUGGGCGACAAUCUCUCCAGAAGCAAAAGAAUUGAUUAGUCACAUGAUGCAUAUUGUUCCAUCGAAGCGCCCAACAGCAGCUCAGAUUCUUCGCCAUUCAUGGAUUGUUCGACAAUCGCAAGCUUAUGACUCAACUCGAAUACCUGGAGCAUCAACAUCGAUACCUCAAGUUGCAAUGGCGAAAGAUAUUAAUGAGAUGAAAGGUGCAGUAAAUGCUACGUUUAGAGCUAUAAGUUCACCUCAAGCGAUGGGCGCUGGUGUUGGGCCUGUUAUUAUGAGUGAACUUGCAAGACGAAGACGUCGUGGAGCCGAGAAACAUGCCAACUGAGAUAGAUUUAAUCCGUUUCUCAUGGACUUUUAGCCACACAGAAACGGUUAUUUCAUUGCAGAGUGAUUUUCAAUUAAAAUAAUUAUCAGAAGGCUCGCAUUGAUGGCCAAUGUCAACUUAUCCUUCGAACAGUAUUUUUAUAAUUUUAAAAUCAUGUUAAAUCUCUUCUUAUCAACCAUUUUUGUUUAGUUUCGAAUAUGAGAAUAAUUUUUAAUGACGGAAAAUUGUGUGUGAGAAGUUUUGAAAGUCUUUUUGUCUCAAACUUAUUGUCGAAAUAGUUUUUAAAACUGAACGUAAAAAGUCGAUGAAAGAAAGAAAAAUAAACUUCCAGUGCCAUUUUAUGAAUAGCGAGUAAAUCAUUUUAAGUGUUAUAUGAAAAAGAAAAAAAUUAUAAUUAUUCUAAUUGAAAGAUUUAAAAGAAAAAUCAUUUUCCAGAUAAGAAAAAUAUCUUACAUUUUAACUAAAUCAGAUAAAGAAAAGAAAAGUUUGUCAAACUCUUUCAUAACUGUAUGUUAAGCUUUUUAAAAUUGAAUGUUUGUUAAGUUACAAAAAAAUCUCUUCGGGCAGUGACAUAAAAGCCAAAAAAAAGGACGGAAAAUGUAGAAUUCUGGAGACAAUUAUCUAUAAUUAUCAAACUUUAAAGAAUGGAGAUGACAAGUGAUGCUCUCUCAAUGAAAAGAAGUUAAAGAUGAUUACAGAGUUAAGCAAGAAUUUAUUUAACGUUAGAAUUUUAUGCAUGCAUUUCGAUUUUAUUGGAGUCGUCUGAGUCAGAACCUAAGAAGAAUCUGGAAAAGUAGCAAUUCAUGUGAUUUGAGUCAAACGAGUUCAAUAAAUUAACUUUCAUAUUUGCCAUUUUAACAAUGAUCAAUAAAAAAAUAUUAAUUAAUCUUCUUCAAUUUAAUUCUAUCUUUAAAAAAUCUUAUUCGAAUAUUUAUUGAUUUAAAUGGAGUAACUUUUGGAGUUGAACAACCAAAAACUGAUUAAAUGUGGCGUAAAAAUGAAGGUAAAAAAAAGUAUUAAAAAUAAUAUAUUAAAAAAAAUAAAUUUAUUGUUUAACAUUUAUCUAAGAAUUUUUAUUGUGAAUAAUGUGAAGAGUUAAUGAAAUAAAUUGGUAUUCUGUUAUUUUAUGCGCAAA